UUGACACCGCAUUGCUACAGACCACAGGUAAGCAGAGAGGGCAGAGACCUCCCACACCCUGGACCAACAUGUCGCACGCUCAGAUGCUGUCGCUGUACCGCCAGAUCAUCCGCAACGCCCGCGUUUACCCGAGCAAGAGUCGAGAUCGUGUGUUGAAGGAGAUUCGCGUUGAGUUCAGAAAAAAUGCAACGGAGAGUGAUCCUGUCAAGGUGGAUAAGCAGCGGCAGUUGGCCAUGAAGGGCCUGCAGCAGCUCAUGGUCUACACCAAGAUGGACACCAGCGGUCUGGACAUGAGCGUGACGUUGGAACAGAACCCUCUAGGAGGACCGACGCAACAAUAGCACGGAGGUUACCAGGAGCCUCCGGUGACGCUCGCCUUUUCAUCCGACGACGGCGACACAAACAGCUGGAGGUGUCUAAGGCGGAAACCACCACCCACAAAAACGCGCUGACCGCGGAGCCCCCCCCCCCCUCCUUAGUAAACGAUUUCACAGAUACCCACUUCAGUAGGGUCGGAUUUACGUAGCACUUGACAACCGAUCCACGAAAACAGCAGUUUGAGGCUGCUGUUGUUGUGCACUCGAUUUCUAGCGGAGGUCAUGAGAUCGCCUGGGACAGGGAGAGUGGCACGGUUGGUGGUCCGGUUGUUCAACUUGACGGCCAUUCCUCAACCCCCUUUCGGGUUUCUCUUUUCCCUCGAUCGAUUUGUUUUUAUCGGGUGUCGCGUAAUUGUCCGUGUGGUUUAAGGGCAUUACCGAGGGGAGGGUCGGAUAUAUUUUGUCGUGAUUCUUGUUUUUUUGCGGGACCCACGUGGGUUGCCUGUGCGGAUGAGCUACGACGCCAACCAUGCCUUUUUUGGCGACUAGAUGACCGAGCGUCAGGGUCAAAUUGUGUUUUCAUGCCCAAUAUCUUGCACGAACACUUGGGACCAACGCUUGGCCGGCCCAUUCUCACGCACGCGGCGAAAGUAUACGGGGCGUGUGAAUACUAGUCCUGCAUUCAUGUACAUAGAAAAUGGCUAUCAAGAGCUGACAUGGGUUUAUGACGUCCGGCCACGAAUCAUGUAGGGGGCUUGUCAUGUGCGUGCAACAACUGCCCCUCUUCAUCUGAAGUCAAUGAAGUGUGAUAGCAAUGAUUUAUCUUCUUGCAAAGUAGUACAGGGGAUCGAUUGCAACACGCCGGGUAGGGGCGGGGCCCGCACCUUAUUUUUCGCGCACAGUCGUGAACAAGUGAGACAUCGGCAAGGGUGCUGAGCUUUGAUUGGCGCUUGCGGCACACUAGGUUGCACACAACCUUUCACCUUUGGUACGUACCACAAAUCGCAUGCAGGCGGCUAGCACAACGAGAUUAUAACCUUAAGCAGACGUGACACCUUCUCUCGUUGUUGUU